ACUUUCUCUGAUCAUGAACUAACUGGUACUUACUUUCUCUGAUUAUUAACUAACUGGUACUUACGGUGUCUGAUUGUUUGCGCUUUCAACGGACACGUAAACAAAGUACCAAUAUGCGAAUAUGAUAUCUCGCUGUCUGAAAUCGGACACCAAAACAAUCAUCCGCUCAACUAAACCCAAUAUAAUGCUAUUUAUUUUUUAAAUGUCUCAAACUUUGUUUGGAGAGCUUGAAGCGUGGAACUUCAGUUUUUAGAGAUACUGCAACCUGUAAGGUGCGAGCAAUCUUUAGUCGCUGCCUUUUUCGGUUGCAUCUCGUUUUCAGCUCGUUUGCUGGCAGUUUGAGAUUAUCUGUCUUGAGUUGCCAGGUUAUUGACUAUUCAUUUCCUUCAAGCACAUGUUGCGGGGAGCUUUUCUUUUCUUUUCUUUUCUUUUUUGGUCCAAUCGACUCUGGUUGCCACAUUCUAUCACGAAAAUCUCUCCAACAAACCUGAUGCACAAUUUAAAGAAUCUAUCUGAGCUGACCCUGCUGGUUUUGCCGUUGGAUUUCGAAUGUUACCGGCGAACAAUUAUCUUGUCUUACUGAAGUACCGGACAACUACGCUUUUCUUUCUCAUUAUUGGACAAUAGGAGGAAGGGGGUGUUCGUUAGUUACAGCAUUGGAUAUAAUUAGAAACUGCCACAGGGUUGGGUAAUCUCUGCCAUAGGAGCACGGCCUGAAUUCUUUUGCUGAGCACCUUUUUUUCUUUUAUGGAGUGCGAAUGCCAGUGGUUGGGUGGUGAAGAAUAGCUUCUGCUCAUAUUUUUACGCACCCUCAGAGGUUUUGAUAAAAUGGGGACAACUACUCGCAGUUCAACUAACAGAAAACCAAGUGAAAGUAUGCGGCUUAUCGUGACAACUUUUGUCGGAGUAAUUUUUGGCUUCUUUAUUGGAGUAUCAUUUCCAACAUUGUCAAUAACGAAGUUUAAUCUUCCGUCUGGCCUUCUUCCCUCCAUUGACCUCUCUUACAUUGAGGACAAAUAUACAGGUGCUUCUCCUUGGUCAUCUGUAAAGAAUAACAGCCGCAGACAAUCACAUGAUCAAUCCUUAAAUGGUACAAAGAUUUGGGUUCCAUCAAACCCAAGAGGUGCUGAAAGAUUACCUCCUGGAAUUGUUGAAGCUGAAUCGGACUUGUACUUGCGAAGAUUGUGGGGUAAGCCCAGUGAGGAUUUGACAUCCAAGCCAAAGUAUUUGGUAACGUUCACUGUUGGCUACGAUCAGAAAAAGAAUAUUGAUGCAGCAGUUAAAAAGUUCUCAGAGAACUUCACGAUCCUUCUGUUUCAUUAUGAUGGACGAACCACGGAAUGGGAUGAGUUUGAGUGGUCAAAGCGGGCUAUUCAUGUGAGUGCUCGCAAACAGACAAAAUGGUGGUAUGCCAAACGAUUUCUGCAUCCAGAUAUUGUGGCUCCAUAUGACUACAUAUUUAUAUGGGAUGAAGACUUGGGGGUUGAGCAUUUCAAUGCAGAGAAGUACUUAAAACUGGUACGGAAGCAUGGCUUGGAGAUUUCACAGCCAGGUUUAGAACCUAAUAAAGGUUUGACAUGGCAAAUGACGAAGAGGAGAGGUGAUCGUGAAGUUCACAAGGUAACAGAAGAGAAGCCAGGAUGGUGCACAGACCCUCAUCUGCCCCCUUGUGCAGCCUUUGUUGAGAUUAUGGCUCCUGUGUUUUCACGAGAGGCAUGGCGCUGCGUGUGGCAUAUGAUUCAGAAUGACCUGGUCCACGGGUGGGGACUUGACUUCGCUCUUAGAAAAUGCGUUGAGCCUGCCCAUGAAAAGAUCGGCGUAGUUGAUUCUCAGUGGAUUAUUCACCAAGGUGUUCCCACGCUAGGGAAUCAGCAGGGACAAACGCAAACUGGGAAAGCACCGUGGCAGGGGGUGAGGGAGAGGUGUAGAAAGGAGUGGACGAUGUUCCAGAGUCGGCUGACUAGCGCGGAAAAUGCAUACUACAAGGCCGUUGGUAUUGAUACGUCUAAUUCGACAGCUCAUUAAGAGAUAACGACCAAAGUUGAUGUUGUACGCGGACACCACCACCUGUUGUGCUUGGAAAACAGGCCGUCCUCAUUAUUUGUGGUUUUUUUUUUUUUUACAAGUUUGUAAUGUUAGUUAUGUCAAAUCACAAACCAGAGUCCUACUUACGACAAAAGCGAUAAAUUGACUGUAUAAUUCGCUGCUGACAGUGGGUGUAUGGAUGAAGAUAAAUAAUAUACUGACUAGUGUAAUGUAAUCAACAUUUUUGGAGGCUAGUAAUGCAGCAGAAGGAGAGGGAUGGGAAAGUCUAAUGAAUUGCUGAUUUUUCAAGUAAGGUUCCAUCUGUCAUCACAAAGAGGAAAGAUGGAUGGGUCAAAUCAGUUUUAAGUAUGGUAUUGGGGUGCUGCGGAGGAACGUGGCUCAACUUAGAGGCUACAAGUUCCUCAGAGCGAACCCGUAUAAGACAAAGGAAGGCGAGUCAUUGUCAAGAGGGUGUGUUAUGAUUUUUUUUUCCGCAUCGAAUCUUGUUCAUUCAUGUGUGAUGCCAAUUCCUCACAUCUGUCCACAGCGGAGAACUUUCUAGAGUCUCCGUUAAAGGAGAUUCCAUGUGUCAUCCCUCACCUAAAAUCUAUUACAACUAGUUUCGUGUCUUCAACAUUAAUCUCUUGUAGUUACAAUCCGCCCGAGAAUACGACUGUCUUAUCUC